AACAGGAUCAACUGUAAUAUAAUGCUGUAUUCAGCAGAUCACAUUGCUAGUCUAUUUUAGUUGUGUAUCUGCAACCUAACGGUUUUACAACCCUGUACAAAGUUUGAGCUAAGAUAAAAACAACUGGCUUUACCAGAGAGACGACAGUACUGCAGGGAUCGAGCUGCAGAGCUGAGACUCCAUGAUGGAAUGUUGCCAGUUGUAUUCUGCCCUCCUCUUCUUGCUGCUGCUGACUCUUCCCAGCUGCCAGGGGGGGAAGAUCCUGGUGUUCCCUGUGGAUGGCAGCCACUGGGUCAACAUGAACAUCUUGCUUCGAGAGUUGCACUCCAGGGGCCACGAGAUCACAGUGCUGCGCUACAGCAACAGUUGGUACAUCAAGGAGCAGGCCACUCACUACACCUCCCUCACCAUCCCCGUGCCUGACGCCAGCCUGGAAGGGCAGGACAUCUUCACGGGGUUCCUGAGCCGGAUGCUGGAUAUCCAGAUGAGAGACAGGUCUCCGCUGGCAUUCCUCACUAUACAUAAAGAAAGCAAUGCCUUCCUCUCCAAAAUCCACAGGCUGUCUUCCCAGACAGUGGUGACUAUCUUUGAAGACCCCGAGAUAAUGAAGAAGCUGCAGGGGUUUGAUGUGGUCCUGACUGACCCCACCAUGGCUGUGGGACUCCUGAUAGCUCACCGCCUGAAGCUGCCCGUGGUGCUGAACGUGCGCUGGACUAGCAGUGGAGAAGGUCACUUUGCCAUUGCGCCGUCCCCUCUCUCCUACGUCCCAAUGGCUGGGACCAGAUUCUCAGACAGGAUGACUUUCACCCAAAGACUCUUGAACGUGUUAAUCUAUGGUUUAAACUUCUAUGCUGACAGAUUCGUAAUAAGCACACCGUAUGAUGACCUGUGCGCCCGCUACUGCGACUCCGGCACAGACAUCAGAACUCUCCUCCAGUCGGCUGAUAUUUGGCUCAUGAGGUUGGACUUUGUCUUUGAGUUCCCACGCCCCACCAUGCCCAACGUUAUCUACAUUGGAGGGUUUCAGUGCCAGCCUUCCAAGCCCCUUACCCCCGAGCUGGAGGAGUUCAUGGAGAGCUCCGGGAAGCAUGGCGUCAUUGUCAUGUCUUUGGGGACUCUGGUUGAAAGCCUCCCCAGAGAAGUGACUGCUAAGAUAGCAUUGGCUUUUGCACAGCUCCCCCAGAAAAUCAUCUGGAGGUACAUUGGGGAGAGGCCUCAAAACCUGGGUAACAACACUCUGCUGGUCAAGUGGCUCCCCCAAAAUGAUUUGCUGGGACACCCCAAGACCAGAGCCUUCGUGGCGCACGGUGGCACCAAUGGGAUUUAUGAAGCCAUCUACCACGGAGUUCCAGUCGUGGGUCUGCCACUGUUGUUUGACCAGUUUGACAACCUGCUCAGGUUAGAGGUGAGAGGGGCAGCCAAGGUCCUGGAUUUUGCUACCAUGAGCAGUGUAGAGUAUCUCCAGGCCCUGAAGCAGGUUCUUGAAGAGCCGUCCUAUCGGAGGAACAUGAAGAGGCUCUCCAUUCUCCACCAUGACCAGCCCAUGGAGCCCAUGCACAGUGCCCUCUUCUGGAUCGAGUACGUCAUGAGGAAUGGGGGUGCCGCUCACCUGCGCACUGAGGCCUACAGGAUGCCGUGGUACUCCUACCACAGCCUGGAUGUCAUUGCGGUCCUGCUGGCUGCUCUUGUAGUCUUCCUAAUCACAGGCAUUGGAGUAUUCAGGUUUCUGUGCUGCAGGGUCUGUAAAAGUAGAAAAACUAAGCAAGAAUAGGACAGAGUUAACUUGGAUAGGUAUCUUAAAGUAUAAAAGUUUCAGUUUCUUCUAGUUUCUAUAGUACUGAUGGAAAGUGCUAACCAAAACUCUUGUCUGUGUGACUCCUUUUCUUCUAGUUUAGCCUCCAUGACACUAGUGAAGACACUGCCGAAAUAUCUGUCUGCUUAAUUCCAUUUUUUCUAGUUUCACCUUAGAAUUCUGAUGGGCUAGUUGAGAUAAUUGCUGCUACUAAAAGUUGAAGGUAAGACUUUCCCAUUGGUGAUGCAAAAGCCCUGAUAUACUUACUGCUGUGAACCCUGUUCAGCUCAAACGUUUUAAAGAUAAGUUUCAAGGAUGUGAUGAAAACAUUGUGAAAUAAGAGAGUGAGCUAUUUGAUUUUGUCCACCCUAUGUAUUCUACCUUCAAGGGGGUGUAAACAAACUGGCUUGGCAACAAGGUCUGUUGUAACAAAUACUAUUGUACAGCUCUGUCCAAACGUCUUGCAUCACCUAGAAUUUUAGGAUUGAGACAUAAUUAAACAAAAAAAAAAAAAAAUAAUAAUAAUUUGAACAUAAUUGAGAUAUUAUAUUUACAUCAUGUAAUCAAUUAAACUACUACAUUAUUUCACAAUAGUCUACCCAAAGCCAUAGUAGUACAAUAGUAUUUCAUAUUAGAUUUUGAAAUGUCUUUUAAUUUGUCAGUUUUUCAUUAUGUUUGUGGAAAAAUGUAAUUC